AUGACUCUUCCAAGUAAUCCGCUUUCUACAGCCUACAUGACCGAGUUCUCUUGGCCUUUUCAAUUUGUUUAUUUUCAUACAGAUGAUGGUGUUGAACAAACGAGAGAAAGGCGAGGUGAUUAUCAACAUCGAUCUCGGCGCGCUUCGAGAUAUAGAAAUGUGAUAUUAGAGGAGAUCGGCUGGGACAUCGCGGCCAAACAUCAUCAUGGCUACUACCACCCCAAUAUCUCCAUAAAUGUCACCUUCCAAACAUCAAGGGCGGGCGAUAACAUCAAAGGACGAGGUCUCUGGAAGAUUGGUCUGUUUCGAAGUCUAUAUCGAGAUGGGUUUGGUGAUCGGGCUGGACCGUAUGUUUAUCAGCUUCUUAGCGAAGAGGAGGCUUCAAUGGGAGUCCGUAUUGGAAGACCAUAUCAUUUUACAAAUCUCCAAACAGUGUAUGAUUUGAAUGAGGUAGGGUGCGAUGUCGACUUUCAUCAUCUGUGCAUGGAGUUCACACAAGGAGAUAGCCCAAGUCCGUGGUACAAUCUCACUAUUGUAUCAUUAACUGGAAGUGCAGUACUAUGUACUGAGAUACCCUGUUUCGGCCGAACCGGUCCAGGGGUGAAUAGAAGAUGUCGCCUCCCUUGUCCAGAAGAUGAACCUGUUUGUGGAAAUGACGGGAUCACCUAUCCCAGUUCAUGUGAGAUUGACAAUUUGAUCAGAUGUCUGUCACGGGAUGUAACAAUAGCUUACUACGGUGAAUGUCGAAUAGGAGUGAUCAUGGAGAGUAUGUUUUGGUCUGCCAGUGUGGUAGACAAUGAACCUGGUGAACUGACUGAACUGGAAAUGGAAGCUUUCCUCUUUGCCAAUGAGUCCAGUGAGAGUGUGGCUGGAACAAAUCUAUGGCGUAUGGGAGUAUUCGGCAGCAUGAAUGUCAAUGGAACUGGACCGAAGUUUGGUUACGUACCACAGAUUCUUGAUGAGACUGCCGCAAGUCAGGUAUUAGUUUCUGGCCUCCCACUUCCAAUCAGAGCCCGGUUCCAUUUUGAUGUGGCAACAAUCGGCUGUAAUGAAUUUGAUUUUAUGUGCAUGGAGUUUACUCGUGACAAUGAUGCCGAACCAUUCUUCCCAUUCCAGACCAAUAGUGGAAAGGACAUCUUCACGAGUUGUCGAGUCGCGCCAUGUGAUCCUUUAGCCAGCUUAAAUCGUAUGGCAGUUGGACCAGUUACUUGGGGUAUAACAGUGGCAACCUUCCGUCGGAGUGCACCCAGUGAUAUCGUAUUAGACGUGCUGGUCCAAAUCACUCCUGACAGCGAGUUAAUUCAAGGGAAUGGGCUUUGGCGAAUAGGAUUAUUUGGUAGUCCUUUGGCCAACGGAAGUUCUGCUGAGAGGUUUAACUAUGCCCGACAGCUCCUUGACCCUGCUCUGGCAUCUUUACCUAUUUCACCAGGCCAAAAAAUUAACUUUCCUGCUCUUCCUGCUCAAUUCAAAAUCAUUGAAUUGGGUUGCUCCAGGUACAAGUACAUCUGUCUAGAGAUUGCCAAAGGUGAUGAACCACAGCCAGACUUUGUCUUUCACAAUGACCAGCAGAAGCCUCUUAUCUUCUGCAAAUCUGUAUCAUGUCCUGGUCCCCCCAAACCUGUUGUGCGCCUUGUUAGUCUUGACUGGAAUUUAGGCCUUAUGACGCAUCGCAUUGGUAGCCCAAGCAAUGUCAGCAUCAGCGUUUCGAUCGCUACUUCAGAAAGAUCUUCACCUCUCAAUGGUACUGACUUGUGGAAACUUGGAUUCUUUACAAGCGGUGACGCUAAUGGAGUGGGUGGCAAGAGGGGCCAGUACCAAGAACAGAUCCUAAGCCAAGCAGAUUCUUCACAUCCCAUCACUCCCGGGAUUCCAUUGAACUUUGUUAAUGUUCUCACUUCUGUUGACAUAACUGGUAUGGGAUGUGCAGGGUCCAACUUCAGUUUCACCUGCAUUUCUUUUGCGAAGGGAGAUGCUGCAGACCCAGACUUUGACUUACCAUUACGUAAUGAUGAAGCUGUUUCCUGCAAGAGAAUUACUUGCCAAGUCAUCAAAAAUAUAGCUGCACAAUCUCAAAGGUCGGCCAUAUUUCAGGCAACAUCGGUGACCUGGGAGUAUUUGGAUGACAGCUCUGCAUUAAAAGUGAGGAUGAGACUGAUCCCAGAUACCGGUCACGAAACAAUCUCUGGAAGAAAUCUUUGGGAAAUGGGUGUAUACGCCUCGGAUCCACCUGAGAAUAGAAACCCGACGAAAUAUGGAUAUGUUGAAAACAUACUUGAUGGACGUGUUAUGGGUACGACAAGCUAUCGGGAUAGAGAGCUUGAACUGGUUGGAUCAACGCCUUUUGAAUCACUUAAUCGCUAUCUAUGCAGUGACUCUAGGCAACGCCCAUAUCUUUGUGUUGAGGUGAGAAAGAACCCAAGUGCACAGCCACCGUUCAGUCUCCUAGCCACAGAUGAGCGCAUUAGACAGUGCAAUCUGUUCAAUUGCCAUGACACGAGUGGCAAUAUUGAAGGUCUCCCAUCGGCUCGUUUCUCUAGUAUGCAGUGGAUGCUGACUCCAAUUUUGGAUUUAGGAUCUCGGAGAGCAGCCCAAAGUGUCCGUAUUCAGCUCAUUGUAAUGCCUGAGGCUGGGACUGACUACAUCCAUGGGUCAGGGUUGUGGAGGGUCGGGUUGUUCUCGAGUGGCCAACGGGAUGGUCGUGGUGUUAGACACCAAUACGUCCGGCAGAUCCUCAAUGAAUAUGAGACAAGCAGAGAACUAACUGUUUCUUUACCCUUGAGAUUUGAUUUAAACACAGACUUUAACAUGGAAGGAAUUGGAUGUGGGGAUACACGGUACAUUUGUAUUGAGUUCACAAAAGGAGAUAGACCACGCCCAAACUUUAAUCUACCGAUGACCAAUAACCACUUUAUUAAUUGUCAUCUAUAUCGCUGUAAAAAUUCAGAUCCAAGACCAACUAGAGCUCCAAGACCAAGACCACAUCCGAAUCCGAAUCCCACUUCCACCUCUAACCAGGGUCCCGAUAGAGGACCUCGCCCUGUCAGCAAUCAGAACAGUCACCUCAAGACGGCAAGGCUUACAAACUUUCGAUGGAACAUGCAGCCAGUAACAUAUCGAGAUGCUAUGUCGAGUGAUAUAAAUCUCAGGGCAUGGAUUACCCCUUCCCCAACAACUGAUUUCAUCCAUGGUGUCAACCUUUGGAGAUUGGGUAUCUUUGGCAACUCGUUGCAAACAGGGAAGGGACCGAAAGUUGGGUACCGUCGGCAGGUCUUGCCUCUUCGUGAUGCCAAUGCUCCAAUGCAUGCUGUAGCGCCACUUGAAUUUGAAAUCCCGAUGCAAUUUGAAUUGUGGAGAGUUGGAUGUAAUGACAUAGGGUUUCUCUGUGUUGAAUUUGCCAAGGGGGAUUCUCCUGAUCCAAAUUUCAAUUUUCCUUUACCUGGUGGAGGUGCAGUUGUUUCCUGCCAAAGAGCUACAUGUCUUCAGGGUAGAUCCAGCGCUGUUUCGGUUAAUGUCGCCAACUACAGAAGUUUACGCGCUAGCUACGGUGUAGAAAGUGCACCAGGUGAAAGGGCUGUUCCCAUAAGGGUUAAUUUGAUGGUAACCCCUGGUGAUUCGACAAAAACAAUUACUGGGAAUCGACUGUGGAAGGUGUCUGCUUUUGGAAGUGCAUCUCCUGACGGCAGCGGUUCAAGGAGAAGCGAAAUACCAAAUAUCCUGGAUUCAGAAUCACAGCGUAUUUCCAUGCGAGCAAGUCAGGAGAUGACAUUGAGUGGAGAUGUUGGGCUGCCUUUGGCUGAACAUGUGGGUUGCAGACCAGGCUAUGAGUACCUCUGCUUAGAAUUUGCGCGUGGAGAUAAUCCAACCAUGACAUUUUCCAUGAAUUCCAAUGUCAUGUGCCGACAAAUGGAAUGCCAACCUGUUGGAGAUACUUCAAGGAGGCCUAAUACCGGUAACACCGGUCAUACUGGUAACACCGGUAAUACUGGCCAUACCAGUAACACUGGUAAUUCUGGUAACACUGGGAAUGCUGGUGAUACAGCCAGAUGGCAGCGGAUGGGCGCCAAUUUACAGGGGCUUGGAAGUGACACAAUAGGUGCUUCGCUGGAGAUACAUCCUCAUGACACUACUUCAAGGAUCACUGGAAGUGACCUGUGGAGGGUGGGAGCUUUUGGAAGUUCAAAUAGAGAAGGCACAGGAAGCAGAAAAGGCCAAAUACGAAACAUCCUUGAUGACCGAGCCAUGAGGACAUCUAUGGUACCUAGUCGUCCAAUGACUCUAUCUGGGGAUAUUGGUACUCCCUUGAGUAGAAGAUUGGGCUGUGUUCGUGGCUAUGAGUACCUGUGCCUUGAAUUUGAUAAAGGGGAUAGACCUUCUAUGCCAUUUAACAUGGAAUCAGGCAGCAUGUGCCAAGAAAUGCCGAGUAUGAACUGUGACACUACAGACCCAGGACAUGAAGAGGAAUCUGGAACUGUUGCUAGGUGGUCUCAAAUCGCCCCUGGUUUCAGAAGGAAUCGUAACCGGGUCACUGCCACAGUAGACGUAACCCCUCAUCCUGAUACAGACUUAAUCCAUGGCAAUAAUCUGUGGAGGGUUGGAGUCUUUGGUAGUGAGCGUCCUGACGGAUCUGGACGAAGGAAUGGUGAAGUCCGAGACAUCCUCGAUUACUCUGGGCGUGGCCGAACCCUCCAGCCUCCAAGAGGAAGCAAUCAAAACAUCAUUGAGCUCUCCGGUUCUUUCAAUUUCCCUGAUGGAUGCACGAGAGGUUACCGCUAUUUGUGUAUAGAGUUUGAUAAAUCAGAGACUCCCAGCAUGGAUUUUUCCAUGAGUCGGCCAGAUCCAGGCUGUAUGGAACAGCAAUGUGAUGGACCUAGGGUAGAUCCAGGGGGUUCUGCUACAAGUGGUAGUAGUGGUGGUAGCAGUGGUAGCGGUGGUAGCCAUACUGGUGGUAGUAGUGGAAGCCAUGGAUCUACAUCAGUUGAUAUCACUGGCCUGUCAUGGGCACCAGUGAGGAGUCGUGGAAGUAAUUUUUUUGACUCUGCGGAAGCUACCGUCAACAUGAACUUUGAACCAGGGCCUACAUUCGAAGGUUCAAAUCUGUGGAGGAUGGGAGUUUUCGCAAGUCCUGAUUCUGAGGGCCAGACAGAUCGACAAGAUGAAACCGAGCAGAUCCUCAGUAGUGCAGACAGAUCAAGGACCAUUCAACAGAGAAGGGGAAAUACAUUCCAAAUAAGCAAUCCUCGUGUGAAUAUCUCUGAUGCUGGAUGUGAAGGAAAGCUGUACUUAUGUUUUGAGUUUGGCCAGGCCAGGAGUCCCAACCCGUCCUUCAGCAUAUCAGGCCCGCAUGGUAAUGGACAGACAAGGAUAUCAUGUAAACGGCAGACUUGUAGAAUAACAAAAUCAGUUUAUGUGAUGAAGGUCACCCCAACCUCAUCUAACCCUCAGGUAGUAGCACAAGAUGAUAAUGAUGUACGAUUUAAUGUCGAGGUCAGAUUCGAUCGGCCGAGGACUAUGAGCAUUACGGGUACUGAUCUCUGGAGAAUGGAGGCCUGGGCUUCAAAUACCAAUAGAGCAAAUGGAAGGAAACUAUCUCACUCCACUCAGAUCCUGAGUAGCGACUUUGUACGGGAUACUGUGGUUACCAAGGGUACCGACAGUUCAAGGAUUGGCGAAUUUUCGUUUACGAACCUUGAACAUACAAUUGAUAUGAGACCUGAUGUGACAUGUAAGCAAGUGAAGUUCUUAUGUGUCAAGCUGCAUAAGGACAAUCCACACCCAGAUUUUGAACUGCAAGUGAGAGACAACGACCCUGAUUUCCUUAUGGGCUGCCUCAAACUCCAAUGUGAAGGUGUUAACAUGACUGCUGAUUUGCUCUCAACCUCAACACCCUCUCGUGGUAUUGUCCAUCCCACACCCCUUCCUUCCCUUCACCCUUCCCCACUUCCUUCAAAUCAAACAGCCUCGUCCGAGAAGAUGUUCGUGGUCAAUAAUAUAGGAAUAACUCGGGAGGUGAACUCGGCUGUGCAGUCCGGUAGAAACAAUGACAUGCUCCUCAACUUGAAUGUGGUUAAUGACAGGGGAACCUCUACCGAAGUCACCGGACAACCAGGAUGGGCUGUUCAAGCUUGGGGCAGUUCCAAGAAAAAUGGAAAGAAGGCAAAAAUUUCUCCCGCUAAUCUAAAUCUUGGAGCGGAAAGGCAACAGAAUUUUGACAGGCGAACCCCGGUGAGAUUCAACAGGAUUCCCUACACUCUUGAUCUGAAUGAUGGCUGUCAAAACGUAAAAUACUUGUGUGUGAAGCUCUCUAAAACAGGACCUGGCUUCACCUUGAAGGGUAGACCAAAUAGUAAAUCUCUCACAUCAUGUACAGCUUUGACAUGCAUGGGAGACCAAGGUAGUACCCCAUCUAGAGAUACUGGCCGUGGACAAGGUGCUGGACAGGCUGCUGAACGCCCUCGAGUGGAAUGGGAAUCAUUGGGAACUAGCAUGAACUACCCACAGACGACUGGAGAGGUGAAAGUGACCAUGGACGCCACCAUGGGAUUCACAGCGAAUUCUGGAGUGCCUUCUGGUCCUGGUUUGUGGCACAUGGCAGUCUUUGGCAGCCGUGAAGAUUCUGAUUCUACUCAUGAUAAGUUUGGAUAUACAGGCAACGUUCUAACACCCAAACAGGCAAAGACCCGCAUUGCACCUGGAAGGUCUACCACUAUCAGCGGAAUUUCAUUCAGAAUGGAUAUGUCUAGGAUCGGUUGUGCUCCUUAUUACUUUUUGUGCAUAGAGUAUGGCAAAGGAACCAGCGAUUCCUAUGACAUGGCAUAUCCGCGAAAUGACAGAGGCGUCUCAUGUGAGAGACGACAAUGCAGUAACUAACAAGCCUGCAAAUACAUAGAAUCGUUCAUUCGGAUAGCUGAGGAGUUUGCCAGAUGCUGUCAAGUCAUCUCUCGGCACAUCGUUUGUUCAAUUAUUAUCUAGGCAUCUUUUUAUCAAGGGGGCAUGAAUGGUUUUCCGGAUUCCCACAUUUUGCAAACGUAUCACUGAUAAUUAUAAAACCAUGUAUAUUAUUUUAGUAGUUCAUGGUUCAUAUUUUAAAUUAGACAGCUUCAUAUGCUCUUUUAUACUUUUACAAAUAUGAAUUAUCUAAUGUUACCUCUUGUACUGGAUGGUACCCAUCCACUCUUUUUAAUUCUUUUAAAUGAAACACAUUGAAUAGUAGGUGUUCUGCAACCGCAAUGCUUUACUGUUUUCUCAACCUUCAUUUUAGCAAAGUUUUCUUUAAGAUAUAAAAAUUAAGAUUCAUCUCUCUCAGCAAUUUACAAUAGAACCGUAAAGUUGUUAAUGUAAACCUUGAAUUGAAAACUAUGAUAUGACUGUAACCAUUUUAUAUAGAUUUUGUAACAAUAUUUGGUUCAGUCUGAAUUUUCAUUGUUUUUGGACAGUGAAGAAAUUCUUUGAUUUUUCUUAUCCUUGUACAUCAAUACUAUGAUAAAACCUACGUCAUGAUUCCCAAGGAAAGUUUGUUUGUACUUAAGCAAAUGUGAAUGUAACUCACCCCCAAUAUGAAAUGUAAAUUUGUAUUAUUCUUGUAUAUAACAGUAAUCACACUUGGUGUUUAUAUAAAAUGCUGUGGAUUUUUUUUCAAUACAGAAAACUUUCCCCCAUGAUGAAUGCAUUUUAUACUGCAACUAAAAUGCUGAUUUAUUGCAUAGAUCAUAAUUCAUUUCAUUAGUAUGUUGUAUUGAUGAAUAAACUGCAGGAGGUAUCAGUAAAGGUAUUUUCAGCAAAUUUAUGGCUGAACACAGAAGGGAUGGGGGCAAGGAGGCAACCUUGGGAUACUAUAAAGAUAUUUUUCUAUUGCUGUGUAUUGCAAUUGUACACUAAGCUCCCAAGUAAAGUGAGAACUUGUGAACACUGUAUUUUUCCUUCCUUAAAUAUACCUACUCCCAACCACAUCCUCUCAGAAAAAUUGCUGUGCAUGAUCAUGAAAAGGUUUUUAAAAAAAGAAAGUGUCAUGUAAUCAUUAUCAACCCCCUGUUUCCCUUCCCCCAAUUCAUUCACUUCACCCAACCAUAAAAUCUGUUGAAAGGAGUGUAAUGAAUCUCAAUGUAAGAUAACUUAUAAUAAUUGGAUGACAAGAAAGAUGAAAGCCAACUCUAAGAUAUAUUAUACCCUAAUUGGCUCCUUUUUUUGCAGAGCUUUAAGUAUGAAAGGUACGUUUUAGGACUUAGAAUUAGAUUGGAUUCAAUCUCCACCUAUCUCCAUUCAUAGUAAGUUCUGGUUUUUUUUGGCUGCAUGUGGCAUAUGUUUUGUUCAAUCUGUUAUUGAUAGCCAAUGCUAUAGCUCUGAUUCUAUAACAAAGUAUUCAUACAACCGAUCCAAAUGCCCCAUUUCAGACAAUUAGCCAGCAACUUGCCAGUAAUUGAUCGUUUUUCAUUCUUUUUCUAUUCCUCAAUGCAGAUUUUGCAAAAGUUAUAGUCCAUGAUGGACAAUUAUUAUUUGCCAUCUUUGAUCUUAUAUUCCUAUCUCUCAUGUAUCACCUUUUUUUAUUUAACCAAUAUGCAACUUGAAAAGAUGGAUGCUUUUAUGAAUUAAAGUACAUAUCCUCUCCCU